GCAGAUAUGUGGUCAACUCUAAUGCUGCAAGACUGUGGGGUCCCCAUACUGGACAACCAUAUGAAGGCAAUGUUGGGAUCUUGCCUCAUAUUCACAGGCUUGUUGGGUUCUGCAGUCAAUGGCUGGCUGGUGUCCACGCUAUUCCUUAGGGCUGAGCACAUGUCUUGGAGCCAUCUCCUGCUUCUCAACAUCGGCCUUGCUAGCCUCGGACGAUCCCUGCUGGGAGGAUUUCCCUUCUCCGCGACCUCAGCUUUGGCUGGCAAAUGGUUGUUUGGAGAUGCCUGCUGCAAACUCUACGCAUUCCUUCAUCAGCUCUUCAGUGUCGCAGAACUGUUAGCUGUCAUGUUAUUGUGCCUUGAAAGAUACCAAAUCACCUUACACUCUCAUAUGGGUCAAUGUGCUUACAUGUCCUCCUUGCUUCUGAUGUGGAUUGCUUCAAUGGUUUGGUCGCUGCUACCUCUUCUCAACUAUGGCAGGUAUGGUUGUGAUGUGGCUGGUAUCGCCUGUGACCUAGAUUGGUCUGUAGAGCUUGGAGAUUCUCAAAGUCUUGCGUACAACGUCUCUUACCUACUACUGGGCGUCACUCUAGCCGUUGGUAUUUCAUGCGGGAGUCUGUGGAUAACAGUUAAGUCACCAGCUAGUAUCUACCGUUUGUCUGGCCACCACCAAAGGCAAAUAACUAAGGCCACCAUUGCCCUUGUGUGUGGCAUGUACAUUCUGUGGACACCUCAGUCACUCUUAGCAAUCUGGAGACUUGUGUUUGAUGCUCCGAGACCUUCACAUUCCAUCGUCUUCAUGGCUCCUGUAUGUGCUGAGUUUUCAGCAGUGGUCCCCACUAUGGCGUUCCUAUGCUUUGAGCCCCGCCUACGUAACAACCUACUAGGCAUGACUCCUGCCCCGGCUGAGAAGCCCCGUCUGAGGCGGAGGCCACAUCUCCGUAGAGGCUAUGGUGAAAAAGUUGCAGUAAGAGAAUUUUUUGCAUAAAAUACCAAGUGACAAAAUAGUUAAGUUUCAAAAUGCUAAGCUAUUAGCUGUUAUUUUAAUUCAAAAUUAUUGAACCAAUUAUUUUGGUGGUGUCAUACUGUAAUUUUAUUUGUUACUCUUGAUCCCUCUCCUCUGUCUUUGAUAUAAAAAGUGAGGAAUAAUUUUAUAAUGUACAAAUAGUAUAAUUUAUGCCUGUCAGCUCUUGUUAAGAAAUGUCUUUGUAAUAUAGCCGUUAGUCAAUAAGUUAACCAAAGGUUAUUUUUUGAAUCUUAAAAAGUUUUAUAUUUUUUAUUAUAACAUUAGAGGUUUCCAAUAUAUUAGCUAAAUGUGCAACAAUUGACUAGAUAUUGCGAGGACAUAACUCAAUUUGUUGAAAUUUAUAAAGGAUUUAUGAUGUCUGGAAGGAUAAAUGAAAUUGAACACAUAGCCAUUAUCUAAUGUAUGUAUUUUAUAUGAUUUUAAAUAUUAGAAAGUUAUAUAUAAAUUGGUACGUAGGUAUAUAUAAUGUUGUACAGUUUGUGUCUCAAGAAUUAGGUAAUAGACAGGUACAUACACAGGGUUUUUUUAUAUACAUAAACACAACCCAAAGUAUACAAGUACCAAUUACCAUGAGAGACUUUUUAGACGAAACAAGCUUAUACAGAGUGUCCCAUGUAAAGUGUAUCACAUUGAUUACGGAAAAACGGCUCAACAUACAAGGACGAAAUCAAAUUAUUUCCCGCUAAAUCAGCCCCAAGGAAUAAUGUAAAAAUAUUUUUUCCCGAUAAAGGGUGUGCCAUAAACUGAGGGUCACUAGUAAGAAUUUCAAAAUUUUUAACUUUAUUCCUUGGGGUUGAUUUAGCGGGUAAUAAUUUCAUUUUAUCCUUGUACGUUAAGCCGUUUUUCCAUAAUCAAUUUGAGACACCUUAAGUGGGACACCCUUUGUUGGUAUCCUUGUUCUCUUUACUUUCUCAUUAACCGACAUGCAUUGUUUCGUAGUUAUCUAUGAAGUUUAUUGUUAUUGAGAAUUUAUUGUGAAUACAAAUCAUCAUGUUGUUUUCUCAAGCUCAAAGAGCAUAGAGUACAUGAAAAUACAAGGUGUUUUAAGGCAACAUAGCAGAACUCUAUGUAAUAAGAGAAACACUGAUUAACAACAAAACAAGCUGUUGUUGGAUCCCUGUUCUCUUUACUUUAUUGAAUCAGAUGUUGCUGUUAUCUUCAUUUAACUGAUAGGCUGUUUAAAAAAAAUCAAUCUACAUUAUAUACAUCGUUGUUUCAUAUAUUGUAAGA